AUGGCGUCACUAUCGCUGCCUCGCGUACUUCAAUUAAGAAAGAACAGCUUGGAUGCUGAGCGCGAGCAAUUCGAGAAGUUUCAGACGUUAGCAAUUCAAAAGGCUAUAAAUUCUAUAGAGACGCCGGUCAAAGAGAAACAUGUCCGCAGCACAAUCAUCGGAACCUUCCAGGAACAGAGCGCCGUCACUUACUGGAUGGUGGCAGUCCGUCUUCCUCUCCAGGACAACAGGAUCGUGUCGUGGAAGUUCUGCCAUGUGACACACAAGCUGCUCCGCGAGGGUCACCCCGCCUGUCUCGAUGACUCGCAGCGGCAUAUUAACAUGAUAGAGAACUUGGGGAAGCUAUGGGUUCAUCUUCGUGAAGGUUACGGUCGUCUUAUAAGCUUGUACUGCAAGCUAUUGGUGACUAAACUGAAGUUCCACGCACGCAACCCUCGCUUCCCUGGAAAUAUGCAGCUUACUGUGGAAGAGUUGGACGCUAUAGCUGAGAAUGAUGUGAACAAUUACUUCCAGUUGUGUGUUGAACUCUUCGACUACAUGGACGACAUUCUUCAACUACAAGCAGCUGUAUUCGACAGCCUUGGUAACGCUCGAGCUAACUCCAUGACAGCGAGCGGUCAGUGUCGACUGGCGGCGCUCAUUCCGUGCGCGCAGGACUCUUCUCAUAUAUACGACUGUAUCGUGAGACAGAUGUUCAGACUGCACGCCUCGCUCCCGCCCGACGUGCUUGAUGGACAUAGAGAGAGAUUCAGGACACAAUUCAAGAAGUUGAGUUCGUUCUACAAGCACGCGAGCAGUUUACAAUACUACAGAAACCUUUUAACAUUGCCAGUACUGCCUUCCAAUCCGCCAAAUUUUCUGCAACAGAGUGACUUCGGUACUUACGUCACACCGGUGGUAACAAUCCCUGAACUUCCUCCAGAUGAGGUUGAUGCUGUCGGUUCACUUAUAGAUACUUCUGACACAGUUAGUCAGAGCCAGAUGCACACUGAGGUGACUGAUACUCGCAGCACCAACUCACCAGUUCCAGAUCCCAUUGUUGAGAGAGACCGACUCAUUGAACACUUACAACAUGAACUUAAACGGAUGAGAUCUGAAGUGUCACAGAUAAUACAAGAGAGGAACACGAUGCUGGGGUCUAUGAGAGAGCAUUGUACACGGUUGGAGGCACAGAUGCAAAAUGUUAAGUUUGAAUUGGAGGAUGAGAGGCAGAAGGCUGAAAAUCUAGCGGCUGAGACACCGGAAAUCAAAAAAAAAUUGAUGGAUACCGAGGAUAGGGCAAAGGUCAUAGAUGAAAAGUUUCAGAAGUUAAAAGGAGCUUACACGCAGCUGAGGGAAGAACAUAUAACUUUGAUAAGACAGAAAGCCGAGGUGGACAAGCUCGCGUCAAAGUUGCGAGGCGAGGCCGCUCAGCACGAGGGCGCCACCAGUCUGUUACAGCAACAACUCAACGAUCGAAUGAAAGACGUCGAGCUCUUGCAACAGAAGGCGUCAUCUAGUGAAGAAGUUGAAGCUUAUAAAACUGAACUCACUAACCUAAGAAGUGAAUUAGAACAGGCGAGACAGAAAGAAGUUGAACUACAAACAUUGAAUACUAACUUCGAAGCUCUGGAGAUUGAACACAAAACAGUCAAAACAGUACAACAAGACAAACUUACAGCUCUCACUAACGACUUGAAAGAUACCACUGAGAGUUUAGAGAAGUUAAAGGCAGAUUACGAAGAAAAGGACAAAGAACUGAGUAGAACUAAAGAAGAAUUAACAGCUGUGUUACAGAAGAGUGGUGACGAAUAUAAAACAGCGAUUAAAGAUAAAGAAGAGGCUUUGAAGCAAUUGGCUGAAAUGAAAGCGCAGUAUCAAGAGGAAAGAGAGGAACGCAUAAUCCAAACUAACAAUUUGCAAGCCGAUUUAGAAUAUUUCAAAUCAAAAUUAACCGAAACUCAAAAUAAUUUCGAUUCUCAAUGUCGCAAACUGAACGAAGAAUUGAAUUCCAAAAAUGAGGAGUUGCAAGUUAUAUUGGAUAAAAAAGACACAGAAGUAAACGAGGCCAUAGAUAAACUAAGUUUGUUACAAACACAGAUAGAAAACUUUCAGAACGAUAUCGAAACUUCGAAAGCGACCAUAGACAAACAGAAUGAAGAAAUAGACACACUCAACAAUAAAAUAAAUAUACUCGAGAAAGAUAAAGAAAAUUCGAUCAUAGAGUUUGAAAAUAUAAAUACGUUAAAUAAUAUGUUAGACGAACAAUUACAAGAAGAGAGACAAAAAAGAAACUUACUUGACAAGGAAAUAACAGAGAAAGUAAAGGAGGUAACGAGACUAAAAGAAAAUAUAGAAGAAUUGAAAACAGAUUUUGAAUCUAGACUACGUAUCAAAGAUGAUAAUAUAGAAUCACUUAGAACUGACAUAGAAAAAUUGUUUGUUGAAAGAGACGAAACAUUACACGAGAGAAAUAAUUUACUAUCAAUAAAUCAGGGACUACAAAAAUCAAUUAAAGAACUACAGAAUAAGGAAAACGAAUUAACAGCUGAGAUUGAAAAGGCAAGAAGAGAAAACGUUACCUUGAAGAAUACAUUACAAAGCGAAAUAGAUAAUCUACAGGCCGCGGUUAUUAAAAUGGAAAUAAAUAAAGAUAAUAUAGUAAAAGAACUGACGGACAAAUUAGAAUUAAACGAGAUCGAAUUGAACAAAGUGAUUGCAGACAAAGAUAUAACAUUGGCUAAAGCUAACAAAGACUUGGAGAAAUUAAAAGCUGAGGUUGCAAAAUUGACGGAAAUUCGAACUGAAGAGAGACAGGAAUUGACUAGGUCUAUGUCUGAGAGAGAGAAAAAUAUACAGUUGACCGAGGCUAGAUUAGAGCACACGGAGAGCGAACGACUCACCGCCGAAUGUGAAUUACAGGAUCUGUUGCAGCAGAAUACGAUUAUGGAGGCCGAUCUGAUGGCCUUGAAGAUACAGUUAGACGAAAAGGACCAGCUCAUCAAGAAACAAGCUAGUAAGAUAUUGGCAUGUGCCACUGAAGCUGCCUUGGAUAUAACGAAUGAGGCGAUCUCGGCGUUUGAGAACUCGAACGCUCAAGAUUCCAACAAAAAAGCCGGCGAACACGCGGCUAAGGCGUUUGAAACAAUCGCCAGGAAACAUAAGUUGGAAGGCAACGAGGAGCUAGUGUCGCGGAGCGUCCUAUCAGCGGCUCACAACACGGCGCGGGUGUCGCACUACGUGAGUGACGUCACCAACAUCACCACGGACAUGGAGUUAGCUGAAAAACUGAGCAACGACUGUCGCACGAUGUUGUCGAACACGAAGCAGUGUCUAGAGAAUCUAUCGACGGGUGUCAUAGACGUGACGCAGUGUCUGGCAACCGGAGCCAGUGUCACCAGGAUGACGCGAGCCGCGGCUGAUGACGUCACUGACACUAGGGGCGUGGAUGACGAGCUCGCUGACAUGGACAGGGCUAUAGAAGUAGCGGCCAAACAGAUUGAGGACAUGUUAGCCGCAAGUCGUGCUGGUGACACGGGCGUCAAGUUGGAAGUGAAUGGGAAGAUAUUGGACGCGUGUACGACACUCAUGGCUGCUGUUAAAGUGUUGGUCCAAGAUUCAAGGAAACUACAGAAUGAGCUCGGCGACCCCAAGACCAGACAGAACAUGUACCGUAGAAACCCUCAGUGGUCGGAGGGACUUAUAUCUGCUUCCAAGGCUGUGGUCUUCGCGGCUAAGCUGCUUGUAUCAUCAGCGGACGAGGCUGUGGGCGCGGCUGGUCGUGUUGAAGGUGUGUCAGCGGCGGCCCAUGAAGUGGCGGGCAGUACUGCGCAGUUAGUGGCUGCUUCCAGGGCUAAGGCAAAGCCCGCCACGCCAGCGCUCGCCAGACUCACGGCUGCUUCUAGGGCUGUGGCAGCCGCCACUGGUGCUGUAGUAGCCGCUGUCAGGGGCGCCUCCGCGCUAGUUAGAGAUCAGGAAACCUUGGAUACUUCGAAUCUUUCACUGACCGCUACCCGGAGACUGGAAAUGGAGAGCAAAGUACGUGCGUUAGAACUAGAGAGUGCUCUGGAUGCUGAGAGGAACAGACUAUCUGCUCUGAGGAAGAGACACUACCACCUGGCACAGAUGAACGAGAACGGAACGAUAACAAAUGGCGAUGAAUGA